AUGGAGUUCGAGUUCAGUCCCUUCUACCUCAAGUUUCUCGGCUACCACCACGUGUCCCGCCGCUUCCGGACCUUCCUGCUGGACUCGGACUAUGAGCGCAUUGAGCAGGGGCUGCUGUACGAGGAGAAGGGGGAGCGCAAGGGCCCGCAGGCCUGCAGGUCUGUGUGGGAGUAUGUGGACCGGCUAAGCAAGAGGACGCCCGUGUUCUACAACUACAUGUAUGCGCCCGAGGACACGGAGGUCCUGCGGCCCUACAGCAACGUGUCCAACCUGAAGGUGUGGGACUUCUACACGGAGGAGACGCUGGCCCAGGGCCCCCCCUACGACUGGGAGCUGGCCCAGGUGUCCCCGGAGCCCCCGGAGGAGGAGCGGCCUGAGGGCGGGGCUCCCCAGAGCAGGCGCCGCGUGGUGUGGCCCUGCUACGACAGCCGGCCCCGGGUGCAGCCCGAUGCCAUCUCACACCUGCUGGAGGAGCUGCAGCGGCUGGAAACAGAGCUGGGCCGGCCCCCCGAGCGGUGGAAGGACAACUGGGAUCGGGUGAAGGCUGCCCAACGCCUCGAAGGCCGGCCAGACGGACGUGGCACCCCCAGUUCUCUGCUGGUGUCCAGUGUGCCCCACCACCGCCGCUCGCUGGGUGUGUACCUGCAGGAGGGGCCUGUGGGUUCCACCCUGAGCCUCAGCCUGGACAGUGACCAGAGCAGUGGCUCAACCACGUCCGGCUCCCGCCAGGCCGCCCGCCGCAGCACCAGCACCCUGUACAGCCAGUUCCAGACUGCCGAGAGCGAGAACAGGUCCUAUGAGGGCACCCUCUACAAGAAGGGGGCCUUCAUGAAGCCCUGGAAGGCCCGCUGGUUCGUGCUGGACAAGACGAAGCACCAGCUGCGCUACUACGACCACCGCACAGAUACAGAGUGCAAGGGGGUCAUCGACCUGGCGGAGGUGGAGGCCGUGGUGCCUGGCACUCCCACCAUGGGCGCCCCCAAGACCGUGGACGAGAAGGCCUUCUUCGACGUGAAGACGACUCGUCGUGUUUACAACUUCUGUGCCCAGGACGUGCUGUCGGCCCAGCAGUGGGUGGACCAGAUCCAGAGCUGCCUGUCAGACGCCUGA